GCUGGUGGCGCUGUCAUCGAUCGACGGCUUCGGGUUUGCUCUUGCCUGCCUCGCUGUUAUUUUUUUCAUGGCCGACGCUAAAUUUGAGGAAAUUGUACUUUUGCCAGCACCAUUGCUUUUGAUAACAGUGAUUACUUGGCCAACUCAACUCACAUCGUAGUCGCUUCGCAGGAGAAUGGUGCACUGGUAGCGUCCGCAGCGAAAAUGGAAGGCCUCCUGUGGAAAUGGACAAACUACUGGAAUGGCUGGCAGACUCGUUGGUUUGUGCUCGCCGACGAUGGGACACUCUCGUACUACAACACAAAGGAGGAAAUGGGGCAGGGCUGCAAGGGUUCCAUGAAAGUGUCCGCCUGUGAAAUCAUCGUGCACCCUGUCGACUGUUCUCGUAUGGACAUAGUAAUUCCUGGCGAGCAACACAUGUACCUCAAGGCGCCCAGCCCUUCAGAUCGACAGCGAUGGCUUGUGGCUCUUGGCAGCUGCAAAGCUUGCUUAAACACUGCGGGACCCCGCAGAAAUUCAGGCUCAGACAUUGAGAAGCAACUGGAGAAGGACUGGGAGCGCAGGCAUGAAAAACGAAAUACCUCGCCAUCGUCGCCAACCAACAGCCGAAGAGGGAGGUCGAGGGAACGCUCGCCGGAUCGAAGAGGCCGUCGUCGCUCUUCCUCUAGGGAAAAACGUAGAGACCGAUCGCGGGGCAGGUCGCGUUCACAUUCUAGGGAAAGGUCAAGGGACAGGUCUCGUGACAGACAUAGAUCAAGGGACAGGUCUAGAAGCAGGGAUAGGCACAGAGGGAGGGACCGGGAACGGCGAAGGGAAAAAUCGGAAAAGAAUGGACGGUCACCCACACCCCCUUCCAUGUCUGCGGCUUUUGGAGAGGGUCACUCGACUGAAUUUUACAAGACUCAGGCCCCCAAUAACACCAUCCUAAUUAGAGGGUUAGCUACAUCUUGCUCAGAAAAUGAUUUGAGGAGGGAAAUUAUGUCAACGGGGCUGAUGCCAAAAGACAUUCGACUCAUAAGGAAGAGGGAGACUGGAGAGUCCCGAGGAUUCGCCUUCCUGGAAUUUGCCUCGGUGAUGGAGGCCAAGCAGUGGAUGGAACUCAAAGGAGGCACCCUGACCAUUGCAGGUGAGCCCUCGGUUGCCUUUAUGCAGUACAGCUUCCCGAAAAGUUCACAGGCGCCCAAACAAAACGCCCAGGACUGGUUCUGCCUCAAGUGCACAGCGCACAAUUUUAAACGACGUGACUUCUGUUUUAAAUGCAACGCACCCAAGGCCGAACAAGACAUAGGUGGGGAAGGAUUUGACGAGGUCAGCCCUCAUCCAACCUACACCUUGCUGCUGCGGGGCCUCGACGUCCUGACCACUGAAGAGACUGUACUGCAGUCAAUCCAGGGCCUUUCUGCCGCCAUUCCGAUCCGCAGCAUCAGAAUUGAUCGGGACACGUUGACCAACACCUCCAGAGGGGUGUGUUAUGUUGAGCUCAACUGCGUGCAGGACGCCAUGGCCCUUCACUCGAACUUGAUGGCCGCCGUGCCCCUGAUCAUUGACGAGAAGACUGUCACCGUCUCGUACUGCAAACUGCAGCAACGAGCAACUCCCUCGUCUGUCAGCCAGAAACCCAUGAAGUACACCUCGGACGAAAUAAACCAAAUGGCUGAAUACUCUGCCCAGAUGUAUGCGACUAACGAAGAGGAGUUUAAGUCUUACAAGGAGUACUACUUGAAGUACUACGAAAAUGAAUUGAAAGAAGGGCGCACCCCCGUGAGGCAGGACGCUUCGGCAAAUGCGGCUGCUGCUGUGGCACAAAACGCGCUGGCCCAACUGCACGCCAAGGAAGGUAAAAAACCCGUGCAACAUCAACAGCCUCAGCCGCAACCACAGGUGCAGGUCCAGCCAAUGCAAAUGCAGCAAAUUAUGAGCCAGCAGGAGCUGAGCAGUAGUCGGUACCAGUAUGAUGAAACCUCUGGUUUCUACUACGACUCGCAGACGGGACUGUACUAUGAUCCAAACACACAGUACUUUUACAACUCGCAGACGCAGCAGUACGUUUUUUGGGAUCUCGCGCAGAACGCUUAUGUUCCUGUCCCGGGCACUGAAGAGAAGGAAGACAACAAGAAAAAGAAAGACAAAGUAAAGGUGGCCAAGAAAAUCGCCAAGGACAUGGAGCGGUGGGCCAAGUCGCAAAACCGGAAAAAAGAGGCGCAGCAGAUGCAGCAGCAAAUGCCAGACUUGGCCUCCAUGCAAAAGGCGGCCGUUGCGGACAUAGGGUUUGCGGUCCUUGAGAGACGGGAGAUGAACCCUGAGAGCGGAGCCAGUCCGUUCCACAAUAGGGAGGAUUCUCCAACUGGCUCUAAAUCUGGACUGGUGGCUGCUUAUGGGAAUGACAGUGACUCGGAAGAUGAGUCUGCCAGUUUUACUGAUUGGAGCAAAAUGGCCUGUCUGCUUUGCAAAAGGCAGUUUCCAAAUAAGGAUACACUUGUUAAACACCAGCAGCUCUCUUCUCUUCAUAAAGAAAACCUUGCCAAACUGGGCCUCUCCGACUUGGCGCAAAACGUCGAGUACAGAGAUCGAGCAAAGGAGAGAAGGAAAAAGUUUGGCCAACCUGAAGUGCCAAACAAGUUAAAAGAACGAUACUUGGAGGUGAAAGAAGCAACAACAAGCAAUCAAAGGGGUGCGUACGAGGAACCAGUGAAGGCCAUUGGGAAUGACAACAUCGGCAGCAAACUAUUGCAGAAAAUGGGUUGGAGUGAGGGUAUGGGCUUGGGAAAAACCAAUCAGGGCAGGACCGACAUAAUUGAGGCCAAAAUGAGAACACCUUCUGUGGGUUUGGGUGCCAAAUCGUACGGGAUUGUCCCUGGGGAGAGUUCUUAUAAAGAGAGUGUAAAGAAAAUGGCCUAUAUGCGGUAUCAGGAGUUAGCAGAGCAGGAAAAGCAUUGAACUGUUGCGGGGAAAGGGUUAGGAAUACAAGCAAUUAUCUGUUAAAAGUGUGCAUUUCCUUAUAAGCUCUUGAUAGAGUUGUUUACUUAAAUGAACAGAAUGUGAGCCACAGGUUGUAUUGUGUAUUGCCCCCAAAUUUUUGCUGUAAACAUUUAUGCCUGUCUAUCAGCAAUCCACUCGGCAAAUUAAUAGAAACCAAUUUUGAACUUGUAAAUUUCAUAAAAUAUGUGAUGAAACUUUGCAUUUGUCUGUCACUUUUCCGAUAGAGCUAGAAAUGUAAAAACGCUUUGCGUUAGUGUGCAAGUUGGGAAUCGGUGCUGCUGGCUUGUAUCCUACACUUUGAAAUAAAUUUUAGUUCCUCCCACGUCUUCAUUGCAAUCACUGAAAUAAACCUUACAAUUAGUCAGUCAUACUAUUAUUAGACAAAUUUAAUGAUAUGCAAUGAAAAUGGUAAGUUUCAACACUGUGACCUGUUUAAAUAUUGUUUUAUUGACAUUU